AUGUCCUCUGUCUCUUGUGCUGCUCUUCGUGCUGUUUCAAGACGUGUACCUCGUGCCGUCUCUACUUCUAGCACACGAAUUGCCUUUUACUCUCUUUUGGUCAAUGCGCCUUCAAAAACUGCCGCGUCAAAAUUUUCCCUCGUCCAGACUCGUGGUCUGAAGACCCUUGAUUUCGCUGGCACCAAAGAAACUGUGUACGAGCGAAGUGACUGGCCCUUGGCUAAACUCCAAGAGUACUUCAAGAACGAUACCCUCGCUCUCAUUGGUUAUGGCUCUCAAGGUCAUGGCCAAGGUUUGAACGCUCGUGACAAUGGUCUCAAUGUCAUUGUCGGUGUCCGCAAGGACGGCGAAAGCUGGAAGCAAGCACAAGAGGACGGAUGGGUUCCAGGAGAAACCCUUUUCCCAAUAGAAGAUGCCAUUAAACGCGGUACCAUCAUCAUGAACCUCCUCUCUGACGCCGCCCAAUCACAAACAUGGCCCACCAUUGCUCCUCUCAUUACGAAAGGGAAGACUCUCUACUUCUCGCAUGGUUUUUCCGUUGUCUACAAAGAGGACACUAAGGUGGUGCCACCAUCUGAUGUCGACGUUAUUCUUGUUGCACCCAAGGGAUCUGGUCGCACCGUCCGAACUCUCUUCAAGGAAGGCCGUGGUAUCAACUCCAGUAUUGCUGUUUGGCAAGAUGUUUCGGGCAAGGCCAAGGAGAAGGCUAUCGCUCUUGGUGUUGGUAUCGGCUCCGGAUACAUGUACGAUACCACCUUCCAGAAGGAAGUGUACUCGGACUUGUACGGUGAACGUGGUGUCUUGAUGGGUGCCAUCCAGGGUCUAUUCCUGGCUCAAUACCAAGUCCUCCGCAAGAACGGACAUACUCCGUCAGAGGCAUUCAACGAAACGGUCGAGGAAGCGACUCAAUCAUUGUAUCCCUUGAUUGGCGAAAAAGGAAUGGACUACAUGUACAACGCCUGCUCCACGACUGCUCGCCGGGGAGCUCUCGACUGGGCCCCGGUCUUUGAGAAGGCCAAUGUUCCGAUCUUCGAAAAGCUUUACGAGUCUGUCCGCAACGGCACAGAAACAAGGAAGUCACUAGAGUUCAACGGACGCUCGACUUACAGACAAGAUCUUGCAAAGGAACUUGAGGUCAUCAACAAUCAAGAGAUAUGGCGGGCAGGCAAGACCGUCCGCUCUUUGCGACCCGAUUACAAGCCUGAGUCAGACUAG